AUGAAUGCCCUUAUCUUCCCUCUUAGCUGCGCUGCCUGCAUCGUCCUUGCCUUGGCCACCAGCGCCUUCGCUGGUAACAUCGGCCACCUCGCUGGCGGCUACACUCUCGCCAGCAACCUUGGCUACGGCCUUGGCUAUGGCAACCUAGGCUACAGCGGCCUCGGCUACGGUGGUCUCGGCCUCUCCCACUAUGGCUUGUCCCACGGUGUUGGCUACUCUGGCUUGACUGGCUACGGCGCUGGCUACGGAUUCGGAUAUGCCGCUCCAGCCACCAGCUACGCUGUCGCUGCCCCAGCUGUCACCCGUACCGUCUCCACCUACCACGCUGCUCCAGCUGUGGCCACUGUCCACGCCGCCCCAGCUGUGACCGCUGUUCACGCCGCCCCAGCCGUGACCUACGCUGCUGCCCCAGCCGUCACCAGGGUUGUUCAGUCCGCCCCAGCUGUGACCUACGCUGCUGCCCCAGCCGUCACCAGGGUUGUUCAGUCCGCCCCAGCUGUGACUUACGCCGCUGCCCCAGCCGUCACCAGGGUCGUUCAGUCCGCCCCAGCUGUGACCUACGCCGCUGCCCCAGCCGUCACCAGGGUUGUUCAGUCUGCCCCAGCUGUCACCUACGCUGCUGCCCCAGCCGUCACCAAGGUUGUUCAGGCCGCCCCAGCUGUCACCUACGCUGCUGCUCCAGCCGUCACUCGCGUUGCCACAUACGCUGCUCCAACCGUGACCAAGGUUGUGCAGUCCGCUCCAGUCGUCGCUGCUGCCCCAGCUGUCGCCACCUACGCUGCUGCCCCAGCCGUCACCACUGUUCACCACGCUGCUCCAGCUAUCGCUGCUGUUCAUGCUGCCCCAGCUGUUGCUACUGUUGCCCACGCUGCUCCAGCUGUUGCCACCAUUGCCCACGCUGCUCCCGCCGUGGCCACUUACAGUGUCGCCCACGCCGCCCCAGCAGUCGCUACCUACGGCCUCGCCCACGCCACUCCAGCUUACUACAGUUAUGGUGUUGGCUCCCUCGGCUAUGGCUCUGGCAGCUACGGUUACGGUCAUGGCCUUCUCGGCUACGGCCUGAACUACGGCUAUGGUCUUGGCUCUCCCCUGAGCUACUCCACCCUCCUCCGCAAGAAGAAGUAAAUUUCCCGCUUCAUCGUAGGAGCAAGCAAGAAAGUUGUCUAUUUGGAAGAACUGAUUUUCGCCACAAAAUAAACUGUUUCCUAAAGAUUA